AGAGAAGCGGGGCCGCGCACCCCGCCCCCCCCGCGGGCGGGCGAAUCCGCGCCGCUCGCGGGGUGCGGCCCGAUGGCCGAUGAGCCGCGCAUCUGCGAUCCUGGUGGUAGGGGCAUGUUCUUCCCCGGGACGCAGGCCGAGCACGAGUGGUCCCCCGUCCUCCGAGCAGUCCUCUACGCCGCGGCCCUCGUCUAUCUUUUCUACGGCGUCAACAUCGGCGCCGACAAGUUCAUGUCGAGCAUCGAGGAGAUCACUAGCAAGAAGCGCGCUGUAGUCUCGAAGACGACGGGCAGGAUCGUCACAGUACAG